AUGGCGCCCGCGCCCACCGACACCCAGUGGUCCGUCGAUUUCGACACCCUGAGGCGCGAGAAUCUCUACAAGAACCCUCCCAAGGAUCACACGGCCUUUCCUUCCCUGGCCGACUCCAUUCGCCCUCAUAUCGACUCCUUCAAUGCCAUCUUCGACGAUAGCAAGAUCCUCGAGGCUGGUCUGAAGGAUAUCGGCGUCAAGUCCUUCCUGGAUGGCGAGCUCGAGACUUCCGAACAAAAGAAGGCCCGUAUAUCUCAGGGUCUUCGCGCUCCCAAGCGCAACCGCCUGAGUGUCCGCGUGAAGGAAGUUUUCCUCGAAAAGCCGCACAGCCUGAAGAACCGCAACAUCUACCCCUCAGAAUGCCGUGAGCGCCACGCAACCUACCGUGGAAAGCUGCGCGCCCGUCUCGAGUACCAGGUCAACAAUGGAGACUGGAUGGAGUCGGUCCGCGAGUUGGGCCAGGUCCCCAUCAUGAUGCGCACCAACCGGUGCCACCUGGAGAAGGCCACCCCCGAGGAAUUGGUCACCCGCAAGGAGGAGUCCGAAGAGCUGGGUGGUUACUUCAUUGUCAACGGUAACGAGAAGCUCAUUCGUAUGCUGAUCGUCGGCAAGCGCAACUACCCCAUGUCCAUCAUUCGUGGUUCCUUCGUCAAGCGUGGUCACACUUACACCAAGUUCGGUGUGCAAAUACGAUCCGUUCGACCUGAUCAAACCUCGCAGACCAACGUCCUACACUACCUCUCCGACGGAAACGUCACUUUCCGUUUCUCAUGGCGCAAGAAUGAGUUCCUGAUUCCCGUCAUGAUGAUCCUCAAGGCCCUGGUCGAGACCAACGACCGCGAGAUCUUCGAGGGUAUUGUGGGCAGCGCUUCUUCCAAGGGCAUGCAGAACACCUUCGUCACAGACCGUGUGGAGCUUCUCCUACGAACCUAUCAGGCCUACGGUAAGCACAGUAAGUCAGACUGCCGAGCUCACUUUGGUAAGAGCUUCCGUCCGGUUCUUGGUGUUCCCGCCGAUAUGCCCGACGAGGAGGUGGGAACCGAGUUCCUGCGCAGAGUUGUCCUGCCUCACCUGGGCUUCCAAAACGUCACCGAGUCCCAAGACUACGACAAGUUCAAGAUGAUCAUCUUCAUGAUUCGCAAACUGUAUGCUCUGGUGUCCGGCGACUGUGCGCCUGACAACCCCGAUGCCGUCUCAAACCAAGAGAUUCUGCUCGGUGGUUUCCUCUACGGUAUGAUCCUUAAGGAGCGUAUCGAGGAGUGGCUCCGCUCCUUCGGCCCCAUCGCCCGUGACUGGAGCAUCCGCAAUGGUGGUGCCAAAUUCACAGAUCCCUCAUUUGAACGCGAUUUCCUGUCGAAAAUCGUGAAGCGAUCCAACGAGAAUAUCGGUCACGCCCUGGAGUACUUCCUCUCCACUGGUAAUUUGGUCAGUCCUACCGGUCUCGAUCUGCAACAAACCUCCGGUUACACCGUCAUGGCCGAGAAGAUCAACUUCUACCGAUUCAUCAGUCACUUCCGCAUGAUUCAUCGUGGUAGUUUCUUCGCUCAAUUGAAAACCACCACCGUCCGUAAACUGUUGCCCGAGAGCUGGGGUUUCCUCUGCCCUGUUCACACUCCUGAUGGUUCUCCUUGCGGUCUGCUGAACCACUUGGCGCAUAAGUGUCUGAUUUCCACAGACAACCUUCAAGUAUCCCACAUUCCAAAGCUUCUCGUUCAGCUCGGUGUCCGGCCCGAGUCUUCUGUCGCCGUCGAUGACAGCGUUGUUGUCCAGCUUGACGGCCGAAUUGUUGGUUUCUGCUCCCCCGACCAAGCCCGCAAGGUCCACGACACACUCCGCUACUGGAAGGUCGCCGGAAUCAACAACGUUCCCCUCGGACUUGAGAUUGGCUACGUCCCCAACUCGAACGGCGGCCAGUAUCCUGGUGUCUAUCUCUUCUCCCAAUCCGCCAGGAUGUACCGUCCUGUCAAGUAUCUUGCCCUGGACAAGAUGGACUACGUCGGCCCCUUCGAGCAGCCCUUCAUGGAGAUUGCCUGCCUGGAAUCCGAUCUCAUCUCCGGCCUGUCCACUCACAUUGAGUUCACUCCUACCAACAUCCUCUCGAUCGUCGCCAACAUGACUCCCUUCUCCGAUUACAACCAAUCGCCCCGUAACAUGUACCAGUGCCAGAUGAGCAAGCAGACAAUGGGUACCCCCGGUACAUCGAUCGCUUACCGUACAGACAACAAGCUGUACCGCAUUCAAACUGGUCAGACUCCCAUUGUCCGACCUCCUCUUUACAACGCCUACGGUCUGGAUAACUUCCCCAACGGCAUGAACGCCGUCGUGGCCAUUAUUUCCUACACCGGUUACGACAUGGACGACGCCAUGAUCAUCAACAAGUCCGCUCACGAACGCGGCUUCGGUCACGGAACCAUCUACAAGACAAAGGUUCACACCCUGGCGGAGCGUGAUUCUCGCCGCAGCAAGUCCAAGCGUGACGUGAGCAAGCUGUUCGGUUUCGCCCCCGGUGACGAGAUCCGCGGCGAAGCCAAGAACAUCAUCGAUGAAGACGGUCUUCCCCACAUCGGCAUCCGCGUCAAGGAGGGUGACAAGAUUGCCGCCUGGCACAAUGUCCGCUACGACGCCGCCUCCGACUCCUACAUUAAUGUCGACGGCAUCACUCACUUCCUGAAGUACAAGGAUUCCGAGGUCGGUUACAUCGAGAGCAUCCGCCUCAUGGGCUCAGAGAACGGCAACGAGCCCAUCCAAUCGAUCAGCGUCAAGUACCGCAUCCCGCGUAAGCCGAUUAUUGGUGACAAGUUCUCCUCUCGUCACGGACAGAAGGGUGUUUGCUCCCAACUGUGGCCAGCAGUCGACAUGCCAUUCUCCGAGAGCGGCAUGCAACCCGAUCUAAUCAUCAACCCUCACGCUUUCCCAUCUCGUAUGACAAUCGCCCAAAUGAUCGAAUCAAUGGCCGGAAAAGCCGGCGCCCUCCACGGCCACCCACAAGACUCAACACCCUUCAAAUUCAGCGAAGAAAAUACAGCAACCGACUACUUCGGCCACCAACUCAAAAAGGCCGGCUACAACUACUACGGCAACGAACCCCUCUACUCCGGAAUCACGGGUAAAGAAUUCGCCGCAGACAUCUACAUGGGUCUAGUCUACUACCAAAGACUGCGUCACAUGGUAAACGACAAAUUCCAAGUCCGCACAACAGGACCCGUAAACGGUCUAACCGGCCAACCCGUCAAAGGUCGCGCCAAGGGCGGUGGUAUCCGAGUCGGAGAAAUGGAGCGCGACUCUCUCAUCGCUCACGGAGCCGCAUUCCUCCUCCAAGAUCGUCUGAUGAAUUGCUCCGAUUCCCAACUCGCCUGGAUCUGCCGCGGGUGCGGAUCUUUCCUUUCGACUCAAGUUGCCGUCGCUGGGUCGGGCGCUUCGCGUCGGGCUGCUGUUAAUGCUGGCGCGAUCGCUGCUGCUGCUAAGGCUGCGCCUAAUCAACAGCCCUCCUCUGCUGGUCCUGGUGGUGUGGGUAUGGGUAUGGGUGGUGGUGCGCUGGGUGGUGUUACUGGUAUCGUGCGUUGUCGUCGUUGUGCGCGCGAGGCGGGCUUUAAUGAUUCUAGGGCUGAGGCUUGGGAGGAUGGGGAUGGGUUGCGGUAUGUUGGUGGUGAUGAUGUUACGGUCGUUGCUGUGCCUGGUGUGUUGCGGUACUUGGAUGUUGAACUUGCCGCUAUGGGUAUUCGCAUGAAGUUCUGGGUUGAUAACUGA